AUGGCCUCCGUCGCCCGCAAUCCAAAGGAUUCGAUGAAAUCUACCUGGCGGUCAUGGGAUCGAGCACAAUGGACCCGUUGGCACUGGCUUAUUGAGGUGUUGAACAUCCAUCAUUUGGAUCUGGAUAAGGAUUACCCUGUCUACCAAAAGACCGACAAGGUACCCGACGCACCGGAGCUGCAGUUUCAUAUUUGGGUCCUCGGCCAUGCCUGUAUCCCCCUCAUCCUACACCAGCUCUACAUAUAUUACUACGGACAAAACCUUGCGCCCUGGAUUGCCUACAUAUUCUACAGCUUGGCGCUAGAAGCGAUUGCUGUCCAUGAAGUCCACGUCCUCCGCCAUGUGGGACAUCAGAUUGGGUUUUUGGAUGGCGAUAAACAUCCCAGAGAUGGGGUGCCUGAUGUUGGGGUUUGGACUACCGCACAGUCCCUGUUGUCAGUUAUUAUACUCCGUCCAAUGUUCUCCGUUUUCCUAGCCUAUGAUGUCAACGAAGCCCCAUCGUCAAUUCCGUGGGUGUGGCUGUUCUUCGAAACGGGCGUAUAUGCGGCUGUCCUCGACUUUUGGUACUACGGCUUUCACCGUUCUAUGCAUGAAUCGGAGUCACUGUGGAAAUACCAUCGCACACACCAUCUUACCAAGCAUCCCAACCCUCUUCUAACGGCAUAUGCCGAUUCGGUCCAAGAAUUCUUCGACAUCGUUGGAAUUCCUUUGAUGGCAUACGGCACAAUGAAAUUUAUGGGAUUCCCCAUGGGCUUUUACGAGUGGUGGAUAUGCCAGCAAUAUGUUGUGUUUACGGAAGUGCUAGGUCAUAGCGGUCUGCGUAUGCAGGCAACAGCAGUGAACCCGUGGACCUGGCUGUUGAAGCUGUGUGGAAUGGAGUUGAUGCUCGAGGACCAUGAUCUUCACCAUCGCAGAGGCUGGAAAUCUAGCUAUAACUAUGGUAAACAGACCCGUAUCUGGGAUUGCCUUUUCGGAACGACUUUGCCUCGCGUGGAGACACGCCAAGACAACAUCGACUAUGUGAACACUGCGAAAAUCCCAUUAAUCUGA